AUGCAGCAGCGUUGCCGACUGUUUCUGGACGAAUUGGAACAGUUUCAGGCAUAUCUGAAGGACCAGAAGAAGGAAAGACAAGUUGAAUUGAGGACCUUCAAAGCUAGCUUGCAAUCGGAAAUGAGAGCCAUUGACAGACUAGUAGCCGCAGAUCCAAACCUCCCGAGAACCGUACAAGGCUUGCGAACGUCUAAUCUCUCAUUCUUUGAGGCUGUGUGGUCAACUGCAAAGACCUGUACCGACCUGACUGCUCUGAAGCAAAGAUUCUACUGGCUUCCAGGACCACACCCCGCCUACGUUAAUGGACAAGUUGCACCUCCUGUAACAAGAGAUCGGACAUACAGCACUGUGGUUGAUAUUGUUUCCCGGGGUGGCUUGGAGUGGGUCAAAGUUUCCUCGGUUACAGAAAAAAGAAUUAUCUGGGACUUGACGAGAGCUGGCUGGGCUGCAGAUUCAUCAAGCGAAGAAAGCGAAGAAGUUCAAGCAGAUGAUGGUCUGAAUCUGGAAGGACUCCUGAAGCAGGCUGAAGCUCUUGUCAAAGCAAGCCAGGCUACCAGAGUUCGAUACCAACAUCCCAAAAUUCGCCUUGUUCUUCCCAACAUCAAAGCCCAGCCAGACGCCAAAGUGGUAGCCAACGUCCUGCGGCAAAUCAGAAAUCUAGGUGUUAAUGUGCAGACUGCUGAGGAUAUGCCAUCUACAUUUCCAUCUGUAACCGAAGUGCUAAGUCGCCUUGAUACUGAUCCAUUCGAAGCCUUUUCUGGAACUCUGAACGUGGACUGCAGCAUCCUGCUUGCGUUUGCAAGUGACGUGUCACAUGGAAGAGUUGAGCCCGAGCACUGGCAUAAUAAAAUCAUCUCAAGGCAAAUAGAAAUGGAAAGUGAGGAUAAUGUUUUGCCGAGUAGCAUAUGGCCAGCGUGCGGUGCUAGAAAAUUGGUCUGCACGCGUGAAGCUGCUGAAAAAAUGCAGGAGAUUGUGGACACAAUGGGGACCGAAACAGAGAAGAGACGAGCUGCCUUGCUACUUGGCAGGGAUUCCUGCUUGUCAAGAGAACAGGCUCUUGAAGAGUUUCAAAAGUUCUCGGACUAUCCAAUUCCUCCGGAAUGGAAUCUUCCAAUCGAAGUGGUCGAUGUCGACAUGGCUUCUAUUAUGGCAAGUCUUCCAUCUGCCGCAAAGAAGGUGUCAGAGAUCUUUCUCCCAACAGGCAUCAAUCGAUCUGUAUUUCUGUUUGGUUGGUCUGCCGACUUAACAACUAUCAGUAGCAACGCCGCAGCCGCGAGAGAUAUUGAGAUGGCAAUCGAGGAGCAAAAUUUAUCUUCCAAGAGACUCAAGGGGCAGGCCACUGCACAAGACACCAAGGGACCGAACAUAUGGAUUUGUCCAUUUGCGCGAUCUCUUGUCGGCAAAGAGAAAACCCGAAGAGGAGCUAAGAAUGACACCGUUGAGUAA